GUUUUGUUUAUUUUCUAAGAAAAAUGUCUUCGGCACCGAUUGCCGAGCGGAAUCAAGAUGCUACAGUAUAUGUAGGAGGAUUAGAUGAUAAAGUAACAGAAGCUAUAUUAUGGGAACUGUUUUUACAGGCUGGUCCUGUUGUGAAUGUUCACAUGCCUAAAGACCGAGUAACUCAGACACAUCAAGGUUAUGGUUUUAUCGAGUUUCUAGGAGAAGAAGAUGCUGAUUACGCCAUCAAAAUAAUGAAUAUGAUCAAAUUAUAUGGAAAACCUAUCAGAGUUAACAAGGCGUCUGCUCAUCAGAAGAAUCUGGAUAUCGGUGCCAAUAUUUUUAUUGGAAAUUUAGAUCCAGAAGUUGAUGAGAAAUUAUUAUAUGACACAUUCAGUGCUUUCGGUGUUAUUUUACAAACUCCUAAGAUAAUGAGAGAUCCCGAUACAGGAAAUUCUAAAGGUUUUGCGUUUAUAAAUUUUGCCAGUUUUGAGGCGUCGGAUGCAGCUAUAGAAGCUAUGAAUGGACAGUAUUUAUGUAACAGACCUAUUUCUAUUUCUUACGCUUUUAAAAAAGAUUCGAAAGGAGAACGACAUGGAACUGCAGCAGAACGAUUACUGGCUUCACAGAAUCCAUUAUCACUGACAGACAGACCUCAUCAAUUAUUCGCAGACGCCCCACCUCCUCCCUCCCAGCCACCUUCAUUACAUUCAGCACCCAAUAUGGCACCCCCUCCCCCACCCCCAGGCAUGGGAAAUAUGCCCCCAAUGUCAGCUCCAAUGCCACCACCACCUGUCCCCCCUCCUGGCAGUAUGAUGCCCCCACCUAUGCCUCCAGGUGGAAUGCCUCCCAUGCCACCGGGCAUGCACCCUGAUGGGCAGGGUUACGGUAUGCCGCCCAUGCCCCCAGGAAUGAGACCCCCACCCCCUGGCUGGAGAGGACCCCCACCACGACAUCCUAUGUUUGGAGGUCCCCCACCACCUGGUAUGAGAGGAAUGAGACCACCACCCCCUAGAGGACCCCCAGGAGGACCACCCCCUCCCCAACCACCCAGGGGAAAUAGACCUCCACCCCCUAACAUGAGACCACCUCCUCCCCCUCCCAACUUCUAGUUCCAUCUGUAUAAAUAUUGUUGUCAGUCCCAAUAAAAAUUUUGUGCCCCCAAAGAAAUAAUAACGGUCAUGCUUCUUGAAUAUUUGUGGAAUGAGUUGGAAAAAUCAACAUUUUAAGGGACAUUGAAGAUUUGACAAUCAUUGUGUUUGGGGUAAAAAGAAUUUGAGGAACACUGGUAUUUUUUUGUGGUCAUGAUAUAAAUGAGAUAUUCUCAGCCAAUGAAAAAUGUUGGUCUCCAAUGUGCAUUAAUUAAAUGAGUGGCAAAACUCUCAACUCAACAACCCUGGUCUUCGUUUCAUUUGUAAAUAUUCACAUCAUCUUUUAGCUUGGAAAAUCACAUUUUCUAUUUUCAUUGGGGAAAAAGUUCUCAUUGUGUAAAAUUCAUUUCACAUUUGGAAAAUCAAGACAGAAUAUAAUAGUGGAAUCAUUUCUUCCAUUUUCUUAAGAGAUUAAAAAAGUUCUCAUGAGAAUAAUGUAAAUGUUCAUAUUUGUUAUGUAGAAUAUCAUGUUAAAGUAUAAUCAUGAAAUAAAAUGUUCAAAUU